AUGAUAAGUGCUAGAAAAUUGAUUCCAACAUAAAUGUAAAACAAUUGCCCAUUCAUGAAUUAANGUGUGAAUAAUAAUACAAAAGGAUAAGUUAUAAUUUAAUUAAAGGCUGAAAUUGCUUGGAGUUCAGUCACUAUUAGAGUUACCUCUACUUUAUCAGAUAAUUAAACAGGAGGAAGAAGACUUUUGGUUUAAACCACUUAUGAUCCAGUAACAGGUGAAACUGACGAAAUCACUUGUAUUAAGGCUGAAGGAAAAGAAACAUGUCCUACAUGUGAAGAGGAAACAUAAGCAAAUGGAUUUUAAAGUAAUGAUUGCAAGGAUAGUCCAGGUGACAGUUCUUCAAAUGGUUACAUAUUAGCAGGGUUCAUUACUCUAUUAAUGUUGAUUUGA